AUGUCCACCAACUUCGAAAAACACUUUCAAGAAAACGUCGAUGAAUGUACUUUAGAACAACUAAGAGACAUCUUGGUUAACAAAUCCGGCAAGACCGUCUUGGCCAACAGAUUCAGAGCUCUAUUCAACUUGAAGACCGUUGCUGAGGAAUUCGCUACCAAGCCGGAAGAAGCCAAGAAGGCCAUUGAGUACAUCGCCGAGUCCUUCGUUAACGACAAGUCUGAAUUGUUAAAGCACGAAGUCGCCUAUGUUUUGGGUCAAACCAAGAACUUGGACGCUGCUCCAACUCUAAGACACGUUAUGCUGGACCAAAACCAAGAACCAAUGGUCAGACACGAAGCCGCUGAAGCCUUGGGUGCCCUAGGUGACAAGGGCUCUUUGGAUGACUUGAACAGAGCCGCUAAGGAAGACCCACAUGUUGCUGUAAGAGAGACUUGUGAAUUGGCCAUCAACAGAAUCAACUGGACCCACGGUGGUGCCAAGGACAAGGAAAGCUUGCAACAAUCUCUAUACUCGAGCAUUGAUCCAGCCCCACCUCUACCAUUGGACAAGGAUGCUACCGUUCCAGAACUACAAACACUAUUAAACGAUCCAAAGCAACCUUUGUUCCAAAGAUACAGAGCCAUGUUCAGACUAAGAGACAUCGGUACCGACGAAGCCGUCUUGGCCUUGGCUACUGGUUUCAGCGCAGAAUCAUCUCUUUUCAAGCAUGAAAUCGCUUAUGUCUUUGGCCAAAUAGGUAGCCCAGCUGCUGUCCCAAGUUUGAUCGAAGUCUUGGGCAGAAAGGAAGAAGCUCCUAUGGUUAGACACGAAGCCGCCGAAGCCUUGGGUGCCAUUGCAUCCCCAGAAGUCGUUGAUGUCUUGAAAUCCUACCUGAACGAUGAAGUCGAUGUCGUUAGAGAAUCUUGUAUCGUUGCCUUGGAUAUGUACGAUUAUGAAAAUAGCAACGAAUUGGAAUAUGCUCCAACUGCUUAA